AUGGCGGACGAUGUGCAGGAGGGCACCUCUAAAGUUCAUAUUUUUACUGCCCCAAAUUUAUGCUUUGAUUGCUUUCAAAGAGGGCCAAUAGAAGAACGUAAAGAAGGUCACCUGAAUGCUAAUAAUAGCUGGAAGCAGACAACUCUUAAUUUGAACGAAAACUCAAUCGUGGUCUGCGAUCGGAAAGACUACAAUCAUGUCGAACUCACUGACGAUAGUGACGUUAGACUUGAGUAUGACCCACUGGCAAUACAGGAGUCGGUUUGUUUCUACCUUGAGAGUGAAUUCAAGAAUUAUGAAAACUUUAGCUCUUCCUCGCUCACUCAGUCAUGUGGAUUUGACGCAGAAUUUCACAUAACUGACGACGAACAUGUCUCUUCAAACAGCGAUGUCCUUCAGAAAGAAUUCGAAGGUAUACGAUCUGCUAGUCAAAAGCUACUUGUCGACAACAGUGACGAAAGUUGCAACAGUUCAAGUGGAGCUAUUGAUCAUGAUAGCAGGGGUUUUAAGAAGAAGGCUGAGGAAUAUCAGAAUCUUCAUCACGCUGAUAAACGUACACAUCAACUAACAAUGGAAGAUAUUUACACUCAAGAAAUUUACUUUUCUUCAAGUGACAGCUGUAGCCCAGUUAAGAAACGAUCCAGAAUUCAAAGCGUGGUACCGAUCAGCUCUCUAGGGAGUUUUAAUGGCUCAUUGCAAAGUGACAACAUCUCUCAGGAACAUGGCUCCUCUACAUGUGUUUUGAUGGUACCCAGAGUCAGUGAAAACCUCACUCUGCUUAGAGACUGUACCAAGGAGAAUUCUAUCUUAAACGUGCUCUUUGUUGUUACCCAAGUGAAUGACGUGCGCGAUGUUCAAAUCAAAUCAGGUAUAAAUGCCGGCAGUUUUGUCGCUCUGGCCUCGCUGGUCAUCGCUGAUGAAUCAAAAUCUCGUUUUAAGCUAACUUUAUGGAAAGAGGCGUCCAGAUGGACCGAGAAAAUAACUCCAGGUGAUUUUGCUAUUGCAACUUCUAUCAAGAUUGGGAAAUGGCGCGAAGAAUAUGUUGGACAAACAACUUUUAAUUCAGGGUUUUACAAUCUUCAUCAACCCAAAGCAACUCUUUCAAAAGGUUGUUUAAAAUUAGUUUCACAAGUACGGCUUGAUUCCCUUGUGAGGUGGGUCAGAUCAGAACAUUCAUACCUUCUCGCUGGGAACAACUCAAAGAAAAAUGUUGAAUUUACAGAAAUUACUCAUCUUCACGAUAACACUUUAGUUCACUUCAGAGGCAAACUGAUCAGUGUUCAUGAGGCUUCGUCAUCAUCAAGUACCUAUCGCUUUGAUGUGCAACGGCUGACCAAGGUAUCGACAGUUCUAUCUGACCGCCCAAGCGAGGAAGUAGAGCUGUUUUUGUGGGGAAGACAGGCCGCGUGGGAAAAUCAGCUGCGAGAAGGACUCGGGCAAGUCUGGGAAUUCCAGUUCCUCACGGCUAAGUUCAACAGUGACAGUGGCUGCAUGACACUACAUUCAACGCCUCGGUCAACAAAGUACAAACUGAAUCCGAAAGACAAAAAUUCCCAAUGUUUCAUGUCACGAUUUAACGGAGGCGGCAAGGAAACAACUAAAUUCGUAAACAUAAGAGACCUGCUAGAGUCAAAAUACACUGGCCUUGCUGAAUUCAAUGCGAAGAUUUCAUCUGUUCGUUUUAACUGUGCAAAUGAGGUCAUCGUUGUGAGUCACGGCCAAAUCGAAUCCGCAAAUACUAAACUGCGCGAUAAACUCGCUAAAAUAGUGUAUAUAGGCUGCGGGUCUUGCUCGCGUGUUCUUCCGCAAGAUCAGAACAGCGUUUAUGGCCAGUGUUCGCAUUGCAUUGUCACUGAUGCUAACUAUGAAUACACGAUUGACCAUUAUUACAAACCGCUGAUCAUUUGUUUAAGUGACAGUCACUUGUCUGUCGAAGUAGAGGCAUUUAACGACGUCACAACUGGUCUCUUUAGAGAUUUUCCCGCCAAGACCUUAUGGCAAAGAACAGCGAAUGCGUCGUCACGUGAUAGCAGUUAUUCAGAUGGUUUCCUUGAGUGCGUUGGUGCCUUGGUCAAGGGGGAAAUUUACAAGUCGAUUGUGGCCUGUCGUAUAGAACUCGACGAAAACAGUUUUGUCGAAAACAGAUAUUUCACUCUUCGGGCAAUCCAUUCCUUGUGAGUGUUUGUACGAAAUUAUUGAAAGUUGUGAUGCACUUGGGAAUUCUUUUGCAACUCGCCUGACUCUUUUUUGUCACGCUCAUGCCGCACAAAGAAGGCCUUUGACAAUGAGUGAAAUUCCGUUUUCGACAAAUCUGUUUUUAAGAUCUCUCCGUGACUUUGAGGGAAACAACUGCGUAAGGUGCAUGAUGCUUCACCUCUCACCGUUUACGUAUCUCAUGACGCAGUUUUUUGUGUUCAGGAUAUUUCCAAUUAAAUCCCUAUUAUCACGA